CUUAGUUACCACGCAACGAGACGCUGUUUGCGAGUUUAUGAAAAUGAAAACGAACUCGUUAGCUAAUUUGUAAUUACCGCUUAAUUUAAGUCAGUAUGUUAGCUAAAUAGCAUUAUAUUUUGUAGAAUGUGUUAUGCUGGGUUUUGAGUAAACUAGUCUUAGCAAUGCUUUAAGCAGGUUUAUUAGCUACAGUAGCUAGCUCUGGUCGGUGUUAUGGCGGACGGAUGGUGUACUGACAGCGGGGAAGCCGUGUACCGCUCCCGGGAUGCCGUGAAAAACCUCAAAAUAAGAGUCCGGAUCGAGCGGGUGACCUCAGCAGCAGCUCUUGUGGAUCAUCUCAAACAGCAGCAUCAACCAGAGCGAGGCAUCUUCGAACUCAACCCGUUAAUCUCACAAACACAAUCAGCAGCUGAUGAAGAAGAGCUGAUGGUCGGCUGGCAAGAGAAACUCUUCAGUCAGUAUGAAGUGGACCUUUACCAGACUGAGUCAGUGUGCCAGACCCCGCUGGAAAAACAGUAUCACGCAGAAAUUGUGGAAAUGGAACGAUGUAAAAGAAGACAAAAUCGGCGCAUUUUUACCUACACAGACUUUGAUCGCUUCACCAACUGGGAAGAGCAGGCUCAGAGUCUGCUCACUCCAGCGCAGGGCAGGCCGACCUUCCUUGCUGAGCGCAUGGCGAACAUCAGACACAGACGCCAAGACAGACGACCGGCAGACUCCAACAUUCCGAAGGCCCGCUUAGUAGUAUGGGAGCCGUCCAGAGAGUUUGUGAAGAGCAGCCACAUUGUGAACACGGUAAUGCAGACCAUGCACAUCAUGGCGGACUUGGGACCUCCUGGAGGGCACGGAUUGAAGGAGAACGAAUAUGUCUUGUGCACCAUAAAAGCCAACAGCAACGGAGUCCUUGUAAUGAAACCUGAUUUCAACAAUGGUAAAGGACCCUACAGGCUGGAGACAGAGGGAGAGAAAAGAGAAGUGUGGCGUCUCUACCUGGAGAACGCCUCCAUUCCCAUAAGCGCAGAGGAGAAACAGCGAGAGCAGCGCAUGUACAAAGAUUUAUACAUGCGCCAUAACGACUAUCUCAGCAGCCUUGUCGGCCAGGACUUUGAAAUGCCACCUCCAGGAUUUCUUCGUCUGAUGGUUAACGGGGAGAUAGUUUCUGCACAGGGUUAUGAGUAUGAUAAUUUAUAUAUUCACUUCAUCCUGGAGUUGCCAAACAACUGGUCCAGUGUGCCGUCUCAGAGUCUCUCGGGUGUGACUCAGACAUGCCGAACGCGAUCAGUGGGCAAGGAAAAUGUGGCUUUCUUCUCCUACCCCUUCAGUUUCGAGUCUUUCUUCAGGAAAGAGGAUGACUCCGAGGAGUCACUGCCUCAAUGGCCCGUGCUGUACUUCAGGGUUCUCUCGCUGGACUACUGGCAGCGCUACAGAACCGAGGGCUACGGCCACCUGGUCAUGCCCUCGACACCUGGCUCUCGCAGAGUGACCUGCCACACUUGGAGGCCCCUGCAGACCGGCACCGUGGCUGAACUCAGACGUUUCUUUAUCGGCGGCGCUCCCGAACUCGAAGACAUCAGUGAUGUGAGAAUUCCAGGAACAUUUAAGGGGGAUCGUCUGAGCCGUUUCGGGUUUCGCACCCAGACGACAGGGAGCGUCACUUUCAGCCUGAACUGCAUCCAGCAUGCACGGGCGUUCGUGGAGGCCAGCACUCUGAAGAAAAGGCGACAGAGCGUUUUGGACCAGCUCGGGGGCCACAGUCAGAAAGGAUCCGUUUAUAACGUCCUAGAGGCGUUCCAGAGGGCUCGUAAGCGGAUGCAGGAAGCCAGAGAGAGUCUGCCCAGAGAUCUGAUCAACACCAGUGAAGCACGCAGUGCUGAAUCUUCAGCAUAAACAUCUUGUGCUCUUUCGAUUUAAGAUGUUUUUGUCUGUGUACAUAUUUAAUUUGUAAAACAACAUGCUUACUAAUGUACAGUUUCAUUAAUUUUUCAUAAACUCAUUUUUUGAAC